AUGGAGGCCAAAGAAGGCAUCGGAAAACGGAUUCUUCCAGAGCUAGUUUUCUCCCCACAGCAACUGAAAAUGGGAUAUUUUCCCCCACCUCACGGCCGUCUGCGUCCCGCUCCCCGAACCUCCCCAGAACAGGCGUCCAGGGGAGCGGCUCCCUCCGGGGCCUUGGGAACAAAGCGCAGCAGCCGAGCGGGAGGCGCUGACAGCGGCCCCGGCCGCCGGCGGAGGAGCCACGCCCCACGCCCGCCCCGCCUCGUAGCCGCGGAGGCCGCCCAGGCCGCGCGGGCCCGGUCCUCCCGCUCCUCCCGCCCGGCCGCGGCCUCCAGUCCCAGAGCGGCACCAGCCACCCCCGCCCGCUCACCGUGCGCCGCGGCGCCGCGUAGCAGCCUGGCUCUCGUUCCCCGCGGGUCGGCCGAGCGAGCGCGCCGCUCUAUGGAGGGAGGCAGGCCGCGCCUCCACUCAGUCCUCCGCGCAGCGACCCCGAGCCGCGGCCGUAAAACAGGGAGAGACCAGCCCGCCGCCGUCUCGCCCCCGCCCCCCGCUUCCCUCCGCCCCCCUCGGCUCCCGCCGCCGCCGCCAGCUCCCGCCAGGAGGCGUCUCUCACUCCCCCCGGCGCUCCUGUCCGCUCGCGACCCGGCCCCGCCCAGGCCACGCUCCCCGCGGGCCCAGCGCGCCCAGGGUCCCACCCCCUACCCGGCCCCGCCCCGACCGCGACCGCGGCCGCGCCCACCCGGCCCACGCGCGCUGUCCCCCUUCCUCUUCACCGUCCCCGUCUUCGGCGCCUUGCCGCCCGCCUCGGGCUCCCGCAGACUCUGCCGCCCGGCCCCUUCUCCGGGCUCACCCUGCCCUGGUCCCGGAGCUGGGACGUGA